CCAGAGCAGAGACAGCUAUGACUGAGACCAUGACUACAGAGGUGAAUACGAGCAUGACUGAACAGCAAUCUGAGAGAAAGGACUCCAAAACAGAGGACGAGUCUGUCAAGAGUCAAGGCCAGAACGGAUCACAGCAGGCUUCAAAGCCGCAGAAAUCUCGACACAGGGCUUCGGUUGCUUGUGCUUCAUGCCGAGAUCGGCGAAUUCGGUGUGUCGUACCUCCAGGCGAGAAAGAGUGCACACAAUGCAAGCGAUCAGGCGUAGAAUGUGUGAUCAAAAACGAUGAUGAGCGGCGACGACCAAUUUCUAGAGCAUACAUGUGCAGCCUGACUGAUCGGGUAGCGCUGCUCGAAACCAUGUUGAAAGAGCAAGGUGUUGAAGCACCACCGGCACACCACCCACCAAAAACCCGCCACGCCGCACCAGAAGGAGAGGCUUCGAACGACCGAAAAUUAGAAGGACAGCAGAACCAGCAAGAUCAGUCAAGUCCUGGCAGUCAGCAAAGCCCACAAGAAUACGCGGAGCUUGAGCACAUCGAACCAGAUCAUCCCAGUCCGUAUGGAGAGGCCGACAGCGCUGGCUCGCCGUCCAUGCUUCCACCACCAAAGAAAGACGGUAUGGUCAGCAGACUGCUGUCCACACGCGGACAUCUUAGCUUCGACCAGCUCAGUGGCCGACUACGAUACUUCGGACCUACAACAAACUGUCACGUGCAUUCCGAGCACGCAAACCCGUUUGAUUCCGAACAACAGAUGUCCGAGCAGGCACGCCGAGCGGAAAAAAUCAUUAGGUCCCUGCCCAUGGAGACGUACGACUAUCUCAUGGAGAUGUUCUGGACGUGCUACAACACCGUGAUCCAUGUGCUGCACCAGGAGGCGUUCGAGCAGGACCGAGAAGCUGGCCGGACGCAGUUCUAUUCCGGCUUCUUGCAUGUGUGCGUGUUGGCGAUCGGUUUCAGACACGCGGAUAAGGAGCGCCCGGAUAUCAAGAAGAUUUCGCUCCCGCAGAUGGAGAGUACGCUUCACAGAGAAGCGAAGUAUAUGCUGGAUCACGAGCUAGAGAGACCUGGUGGCAUUCCGACUGUGGUUGCGAUGCUUCUGCUGGGCGAUCUAGAAUGUGGAGUGGGUCGCGAUAAUCUGGGCUGGCUUUAUUCCGGGUUGGCAGUUCGACUUGCCUUUGAUAUUGGACUGCAUCUGGAUUCGCGAUUGUCUGGUCUUCCACAGCGAGAGGUGGAGAUCCGACAGAUGACUCUGUGGGCGUGCGUUAUGUACGACAAAUACUGGGCGUUGUUCCUCGGCCGGCCAACCGGCAUGAAGAGCUCCGACCUCGAAAUAUACAGUCUCUCCAAGCAAUUCGAACGUUUGGGAACAUGCAAACCUGUCGGUCCGGAGAAGAGCCUGGAGACUCAGAUCUACGAAGCGCUUAUAGACGUCAUGGAGCUCGCAGGCAAGAUAACGGAGAAUAUGGACCCGCUGAAGCAGAACUCAGAGCCUGUUGUCGACCGUAACCAGUACCUUCGUAUGGCGGCGUUAGACCGAGAAUUCAGCACGUGGUACGCCAGACUGCCAGAGCAGCUUCGUUGGACGCCAGCGAACAUUGCGACAGCACCAUUUUCCUUCUUCCUUUUGCAUCAGCAGUAUCACAGCUCACUCAUUUUGCUUCACCGACCAUUUGCUCUGUACGAUGAUCAGAGUAAUCAGGGAUAUGAGGGGAACGGUCCGGACGACCACUUCUCUGCGUUGUCUAGGACUGUAUGCACAAAGCACGCAAUCAGAGUUGCAAGAAUAUUCUGGCAACACCGUCAACGCUUCGACACCAAACAGAUAUUUGUCACGGGCCUGCAACAUGCCGGAACCGCCGCCACAGCGCUCGUUGCCGCCCUCGCUUUCAUCAAAGACCCCAACGACCGCGCCAACAAUAUGCAAUACCUUGAGUGCCUCUCCGCCGCUCUCAACGACAUGGCCGUAACCUACCAGCCCGCCGAACGCAUGGCCGUCGUCCUGCGCGCAGUCAUGAUUGAGCUCCGCGGCGGCCCCGUUUCCAACGACUUUCAUCUCUACAAGACCAAGUCCGCACUCGUCCCCGCGCGCCGCGGCUCCACAAACGAAGCAGCGGACGUCCCCAUGUACAAGAAGCGCCAGACAAGCCGGCCUCGCGCGGGCACCGGGUCGAGCAAGAAGCGCAGCAUGAGCAUGGCAUCGAAUGUCACGAAUAUUGACUUGACAAUCAAAGCGCCGGGUCCGCAUCGCUGGGAUGCGGAAUCGGAGCGCUCGGACGGGUAUAUUAUGGUGACGCCGCGCUCGGAGAUUUCUUCGUGGCCGCCUAUAUCCGAGAAUGCUUCGGAUCUGCACUCUCUAGGACCGGGGCCUUCGGGUGGGCUGUCGACAUCUGGGCCGCGGAAUGCAUGGAUGGGCGCCGAGCUCGAUACCUCCGAUGCAAUCAAUAAUCUGGCGAACGUGCAUUUCCCAGAGAUGAAUACAUUGACAGACGGUGGCGAUAUGUCACAUCUUGACUUCCUGAGUCUGGGCGACGGGAGCAGUGACUUUGGGCGGGACUGGAAUUCUGGGAACGGAGUCAGUGUGGGGAGUGAUCUGGAUGGGUUUCCGCCGCAGCAGGGGGCGUAUGGGAUGGGGUUUGGGAGUUUGCUGAAUUGA